UCCACCGCUCUGAUAAAGUGAAGACUGAGCGCUGGAUACUUUAACCGAACAACAUGGCGGAGCGCGGCGGACCGAGGAGUCGGAACUUCUCCCAGACUAAUCAUACAAGUCACAACUCUGAGGAAGGUAUGAGAGGAGUGGAGGAAGUUCCACUGAAUCGUUCAGUUCAUGAGUCGAGACCAGCGGGAGAGUUGAGCCCUGACACAAACGGGUUGCCCCCAUGUGCUGUGGAGGAAGAGUUUGAACCAGAGGAGGAGGAGCCAGUCGCUGAGGGGGCUCGACCCAUACAGAUUGUUUUGGCCAAUCAGGAGGACCACAUGUUUGAGUUGGAUGCUUCUGCUUUAGAGAAGAUUCUGAUGCAAGAGCAUGUCAGGGAUCUUAACGUGGUCGUGGUUUCUGUUGCUGGAGCUUUUCGCAAGGGCAAAUCCUUUCUGCUGGAUUUCAUGCUGCGCUACAUGCACAAUCAUCAGUCUUCUGAGUCAUGGAUGGGAGGGGAGGAUGAGCCACUAACAGGUUUCUCCUGGAGGGGCGGCUGUGAGCGUGAGACAACAGGAAUCCAAGCCUGGAGUGAAGUAUUUGUGGUGGAGAAGGGAGACGGCAGUAAGGUGGCUGUUCUUUUGGUUGACACUCAGGGAGCCUUUGACAGUCAGUCCACCAUCAAAGACUGUGCUACAGUUUUUGCCCUCAGCACUAUGACCAGCUCAGUACAGGUUUAUAAUCUUUCACAGAACAUUCAGGAAGAUGAUCUGCAGCAUCUGCAGCUUUUUACAGAAUAUGGCCGUCUAGCAAUGGAGCAAAUCUAUGAAAAACCAUUUCAGAGACUGCUGUUUCUGAUCAGGGAUUGGUGCUAUCCUUAUGAGCACGAUUAUGGACUUGCUGGAGGAAAUAGAUUUCUGGAAAGGAGACUUCAGGUGAAGCAGAACCAGCACGAGGAGUUGCAGAAUGUGAGGAAGCACAUCCACGCUUGUUUCUCCAACAUAGGCUGCUUUCUGUUGCCUCACCCAGGGCUGAAGGUUGCAACUAACCCCUACUUUGAUGGCAGAUUAAGAGAUAUUGAUGAUGAGUUCACGAAGGAGCUACAGAAUCUGGUUCCACUACUGCUAGCCCCUGAGAACCUGGUGGAGAAGGAGAUCAAUGGUGCCAAGGUCACUUGUAGAGAUCUACUGGAGUAUUUCAAGGCAUACAUCAAAAUCUACCAAGGUGAAGAGCUCCCUCAUCCCAAGUCGAUGUUGCAGGCAACAGCUGAAGCCAACAACCUUACAGCUGUGGCUGGAGCAAAAGACACAUACAGUCGUGGAAUGGAGCAGGUAUGUGGUGGAGACAAACCAUACAUUGCACCAAUAGACCUCCAGCGCUAUCAUGAGGACCUGAAGCAAACCUCUGUCCAGCAGUUCCGUGCUGUUAAGAAAAUGGGAGGACUGGAGUUUAGCCAGCGCUACCAGGAACAGCUGGAGACCGAGCUUGAUGAAGUUUUUGCAAAUUUCACUAAACACAAUGAAAGCAAGAACAUUUUCUAUGCAGCAAGAACUCCCGCCACACUGUUCGCCGUCAUGUUCGCCACCUACAUCGUCUCCACAAUAACGGGCUUCAUUGGCUUGUCAGUAAUCGCGGCUCUGGCCAACCUUGUGAUGGGCAUAUCGCUGAUGUCCUUGUGUAUUUGGGCAUACGUCAGAUACUCUGGGGAAUAUCGAGAAGUGGGUGUGGCUAUAGACCUCACAGCAGAAGCCUUGUGGGAGCAGGUGCUGAAGCCAAUGACCGAGCAAUACAUGGAGGAAAAUAUUCGCCAAACUGUAGUUAACUCAAUAAGAGCCAGUCUGACUGAACAAGUGACACAAGCUACAAAGUUAAAGAGGACCUGACACCUUAUCGCAUCUCGCGUCCCUCCUGUUUUAAUGUGUGUAGUGUUUGUGCCCAAUUUUAUUUGUGAAUUUUAUUCCCCUUAGAUUCAAAAAUUAAAGCCAAAGUUUACAGUCCAUGCCCUGCCAAUCAUGAAGCUUGAGUGACUGAGUGAAUCUCAUUCACUAUAAUGCAGGAAAGCACUUAUGUAUGUACACACACAUUUGUGAUUUUUAAAUAGAAUUUUAAGUUUUACAUGCAUGUCAGUUGUAAGAUAUCUGUCUUGUGCUAGGAGGUUUUCCAGGCAACGGUUGCAUCAAUUUCUACUUAUUUUAAACUUCUUAAUUUCUGGAUUUCUAUUCUUUACAUCUAUUUAGAGUCCUAGUGUUAUUCUCAAUGAAGUAAGUUAAUUGUUUUGUUUUGUUUUUAUUUGUUUGUUUUAAGAGCUUAAGAACAGUGCAACCUUUGCCACAUCAAACCUGGUUGUAUGUUUUUAUUGUUAGUGUUCAAAACUGACAUUCAAAAGGUUUUUAUUUUCGGUAGAUGCACUACGGUUAAGACAAUUUAAAAUCCAUCCAAAAACUCUAUAAGUCAGCCUCUCUCUGUACAGAAUAGACUGUAUCACAAGCAUGUAUAUGAAUGUAUAGAUAUAAUUUUAUAUUCUAUUAUAUUUCUAAAUCAUGGAUUUUAGUGGGGGAUAGAUCCCAGUUGGGUAAUUUGAUUAGUCUGUACUGUAUAUUCAGCAACUGUUGUUCAGUUGCUGUACUUGGCUGAAAUUUGCCUGAACCUGUCAAUUUGCCUUUGUCUGCCUUUUAAGGAUGUCCUGUAAUUUAUUUUUUCAAUUAAAUAUAUUUAAAUGAC